UAUAGUUACGGUAUCGUGUCCUGUACACGAAGACUUUGAAAGAGGUGUUUGCGAAAUCUGCUUUUCAAUAUCUAGGGGGCUCUACUCAAUGGAUACCUCAUCAGUAUGUCGACCUUUUGGAAACAGUUCUUCUUCAGCUCCUACUAGCGCUAACGUUGUCGACGUCUCAAGCUCACAUGCAUGUGGAAUAGCUGCAAAGUCAUCUGAUCAUGAUGGUAUAGCAACAACAGCAGAUCGGAACUACAAUUAUGGCAAACGACACUUUCCAGGUUGGAGACCUAUUAUCUAUGGAGAAUGGCAAAUUUAUCCUAAUCGAAGAGAGAGAAGGCAUGAUGUGUUGUGGAGAGGUGAAGAGACAAGAGAAGAAGUCACACUAGAGAAUUCAACUAUGUUGGGUCGGAAAAGACAAGAGGUCGACAUCCGUGUUCCUCCCAAUCUCCACAAUAAGUUCGCGGAGAUGUGGCCACUAUUCAAAAAUCGAGAGGUGGACGAGGCCGACAUCCCUCAAGAGAUGAUGAACUACCUACAACGCACUGACAGGAAACGCAUCAGCACCAAGAAGCUGCUUGGUACCUUAUGA